AUGAGCACCGAGCUCGGAAUCGUUCUUGGCCUGCUGUCGGCAGCGAUCGUGAUGUUCGCGGUCAAUAAGCCGCGGAUGGACGCGGUGGCGCUGAUCAUGCUCACACUGCUCCCGUUUACGGGGGUGGUGUCGAUGAGCGAAGCCCUGGCGGGAUUCAGCGACUCGAACAUCGUGCUGAUCGCCGCGCUCUUUGUGCUUGGCGAUGGCCUGGUGCGCACCGGGGUGGCCCAGGCAUUGGGAGACUGGCUGCUGGCCCGCGCGGGCGAGAGCAACACGCUGCUGCUGAUGCUGCUGAUGGUUGUCGUCGCGGGCCUAGGAGCCACCAUGAGCUCAACCGCCGUGACAGCGAUCUUCGUUCCUGUCGGGUUGCGCAUCGCUCAGAACACGGGCGUAGCACCUAGCAAACUCAUGAUGCCGAUCAGCUCCGCCGCCUUGAUCAGCGGCAUGAUGACGCUGAUCGCUACGGCGCCAAACUUGGUGGUCAAUAGCGAACUGGUGCGCCACGGGUUCGACGGGUUUAAUUUUUUCAGCUUCACGCCGUUCGGCGCGGUAGUGCUCGUGCUGGGGGCGGUGUAUAUGCUCAUCGCCCAGCGCUGGCUGCCGGCCGGUGAACAGGAGGGCGCCGCCGCCAGCGGCAAGCCGACGCUUUCGGAUUGGAUCAGGGAGUACGGCUUGUCCGCCCGAGAGCACCGCCUGCGGGUCCUUGCGGACUCUUCGCUUGUAGGCCACACGGUGGCCGAGGCACGGAUGCGGGAUACGUCCGGCGCGAGCCUUAUCGGAAUCGAACGCCAUGGCCGGCUUAUCGAACCCCACGCCAAUACCGAACUCCACGACGGGGACGUGCUCUUUGUCGAUCUCUACGCCGAAGACCCCGACGUGGACGCUCUGCGUCGACAGUUCUCUCUCGAACCGCUGCCACUGACCGGAGCGUACUUCAGCGACUACCAGCAGCAGAUUGGUAUGGCCGAGGUGGUGGUCCCGGCCUCGUCCAACCUGAUUGGUAAGUCGCUCGUCGAGUCGGACUUCCGUCACCGCUAUCGGCUGACCGUCAUCGGCUUGCGGCGCGGGACCACGGCCAUUACGCGGUCGAUCGAGAACGAGCCGCUCGUCGCCGGCGAUACGCUGCUGGUAACUGGUCCGUGGGACGCUGUCCGCGGCUUACAAGUCGAUCGACGCCAUUUAGUGGUCUUCAAUCUGCCUGCGGAAAUGGACGAGGUGCUGCCGGUCCCGGGCAAGGCCGCCGUAGCGGUAGGGUGUCUGCUGCUGGUCGUGGGGCUGAUGGUCAGCGGCCUUAUUCCCAACGUCCAGGCCGCACUCCUCGGCUGCCUGCUGAUGGGGGCCUUUGGCUGCAUCAACCUCAACACCGCUUAUAAAGCGAUCGACUGGAAGACCAUCGUCUUGAUCGUCGGUAUGCUCCCGUUCUCAAUCGCCUUGGACCGCACCGGGGGCGUCGAUCUGGCUGCCAACGGCCUGAUGGACCUCAUCGGCGAAGCGGGGAUCUACGUUGUGCUCGCGACGCUCUUCGCGUUGACAGCGAUCCUCGGCAUGUUCAUUUCCAACACCGCCACAGCAGUGUUGAUGGCGCCCGUCGCGAUCACGCUCGCCGGGGACCUGGACGCUUCCCCCUACCCGUUUGCAAUGAUUGUCGCGCUGGCCGCCUCGGCGGCGUUCAUGACGCCCGUCUCUUCGCCGGUGAACACACUGGUCGUGGGCCCGGGCAACUACCGCUUCUUUGACUUCAUCAAGGUCGGGGUGCCGUUCACUGUGAUCGUGCUGGUGGCGAGCGUCUUGCUGGUGCCGCUGCUGAUUCCCUUGGCUCCACCGCUUCCGAUCACGAUGGCGGGCGAGCAGGAAGAGAAACGUCUAUCGCUGCUGCAAAGGACGCUCGACCUCGUCGAACGCGUCGGCAAUCGGGUCCCGCAUCCGGUGCUAAUCUUCUUGGCCCUGAUCCUGCUAGUGAUCGGGCUCUCGCACGCGCUCUACCUUACGGGCGCAGAGGUCAACUAUGACGUCAUCAACCCGGAGACGCACAAGAUCGAAAGAGCCACCACCGCGGCCCGCAGCCUGCUGACCGCGGACGGCAUCCGCAACAUGGUGACUGGCCUGGUGCCGAACUUCAUGGGCUUCUCGGCAAUCGGGCUUUUGAUCGUAGCGAUGCUCGGCGUCGGCGUGGCGGAAGAGUCGGGGCUGAUCAAUGUGCUGAUCCGUACGCUGGUGGCCAUCUCGCCCGGUUGGGCGCUCACGUACAUCCUGGCGUUUGUCGGGAUCCUUUCCAGCAUCGCCUCGGACGCCGGGUACGUGGUGCUCAUCCCACUCGCCGGCGCGGCUUACGCCAGCCUGGGCCGGCACCCGCUGGCGGGCAUCGCCCUGGGCUUCGCCGCGGUCGCAGGGGCGUUCAACGUCAACAUGCUCAUCAAGCCGCUCGACGCGGUCAUGACCGAAAUCACGAACGACGCCAUCCACAUGGUCGAUCCAUCACGGUCGAUCGACCUGAUGGCGGGGUUUUGGUUCUCAUUGGCCUCGGUCCCGUUCUUAGUCAUCGUAAUCGCGCUCGUAACGGACCGCUUGAUCGCACCGCGAUUGGGCGCCUACGCCGGUGAAUCCGAGGGCCCACCCGCCGGCGCCGUACGGACCCCGGCCGAGACGCGGGGCCUCGUCUACGCCGGCCUGGGGUUCUUGGCGGUGCUGCUGCUGUUUGGCGUCCUAUCGCUUCCCGACGCCGCCCCGCUACGUAACCCCGAGACUGGCGCCCUGAUCGGCAACUCGCCGCUGAUGAACGGCCUCAUCGUCCCGAUCAUGCUGGUCUUCCUGGUCAUGGGCGUUGCGUUCGGUGUUGGCGCCGGGACCAUCAAGACGCCAACCGAAGUGAUCUCGGCAAUGAUCAAGGCGGUUUCGGGGCUGGGGGGCACGAUCGUGCUCUUCCUUGUCAUCAGCCAAUUCAUCGCCUACUUCAACUACAGCAACAUCCCCACGCUGAUGGCGAUCCGAAUGGCCGAGGGGCUCAAGUCCGCUAACGUCGAUGCGCUAUGGCUGCUGUUGGGAUUCAUCGUCGUUGUGACGGCGCUGAACAUCGUCUUCACCCCUGCGAUCGCCAAGUGGGCGAUCUUCGCGCCGGUGUUCGUGCCGCUGUUCAUCACGCUGGGCGUCGAUCCGGCGGCGGUGCUGUCCGCUUAUCGCGUCGGCGAUUCGCCCACCAACACGCUGACGCCGCUGAACGCGUACUUCGCACUGGUGGUGGGGUUCGCACGCCAGUACGACACCAAGGCGGGCGUCGGCACCAUUGUGGCGCUAAUGCUCCCGUAUGCAGUCGCGAUGUCCGUCUUGUGGGCGGGGCUGUUCGCAGUCUGGUACUUGCUAGGCCUCCCCUGGGGAUUGCAUUGA